CCGUCAUGACCCCUCGCCUUGUCUCCAAAAUUGAGACCCGAUAAACUCCCGCGUCGGCGUAUCAAGAACUGUUUCCACGGCUGUUCAGACAUGUGUUAUCCCGCAAGAUACGAGGUGUCCGAGUAGAGGGUCUAAAUUUGAACGCAUCGCGAUUGGAAUGACUGAAGGUAAAACGUCCGUUAGGAUUCGCGGUGCUCUAUACUGCCGGGCCCCAUACGACGGCAGUCUUGCAGCGGACUUUUACAAGGCCACCGGGGGAGUCCCUCCUUUUCCUCUUCUGAACUCUCAUCACAGUGCACCCGCUCGUAUACAUCUAGCACACGCGACCUACACGUUCAGCUGAAUCGCGACCUCCUUU